CUAGGCUGUGUUUCAACUUCCUUUUGGAACAAGUGCUUUCUGACUCUACUCACAAUUUUUAUCAGAAGAAAAUCUUACAGUGUGAGCAGCAUCAGCUAUUAAAUGUACUCCUAAAAGAUCCCAAAAUGAGAUUUCAAAUGAAGAUUGUGUGGAUUAUGUUAUGGACUGUUUGUGUAGCACAAGACAAAUACUCAUCAAUCUAUACCCUGAGCUGGAAAUCCCAACCAGAUUGUAAAGGACCUCCUCCAAGAAAACAAACAGAAAUUCUGUCUGGUUCCUGGCCUGAACAAACAUAUCCAGAGGGCACUCUGGCUACAUAUAAAUGCCGCCCUGGGUAUAGAACUCUUGGAACUAUUACAAUGGCAUGCAAGAAUGGAGAAUGGGUGGCUCUUCAUCCAUCGAGGAUAUGUCGGAAGAGACCCUGUGGACAUCCUGGAGAUACUCCCUUUGGUUCUUUCCAUCUUGCAGUAGGAGAUGAGUUUGAAUAUGGUGCAAAGGUUGUUUAUACAUGUGAUGAGGGGUAUCAGAUGCUCGGUGAGAUUAAUUCCCGUGAAUGUGAAGCAGAUGGAUGGACCAAUGAUAUUCCUCUAUGUGAAGUUGUUAAGUGUUUACCAGUGACAGAACCAGAGAAUGGUAGAGUUAUCAGUGGUGCAUUGGAAACAGACCAGGAACAUGUUUUUGGACAAGUGGUACAGUUUGAUUGCAAUUCAGGCUUCAUGCUUAAUGGACCUAAACAAAUACAUUGCUCAGCAAAUGGAAUUUGGAGUGGAGAAAAACCAGAAUGUGUGGAAAUUUCCUGCAAAAUUCCAGACAUUUCAAAUGGAUAUUCUAUAUCUCAGAAGAAAACUUACAAGGAAAAUGAACGAUUUCAAUAUAAAUGUAACAAGGGUUUUGAACACAGUGAAAGAGGAGAUGCUGUAUGCACUAAAUUUGGAUGGGCUCCAGGUCCUUCAUGUAAAGAAAUAACAUGUAAUCCUCCUUAUAUUCCAAAUGGUGACUACACACCUGAAAGAAUCAAACACAGAACAGGAGAUGAAAUUAGGUAUCAGUGUAAAAAUGGCUUUUAUCCUGCAACCCAAGGAAAUACAGCAAGAUGCACUAGUACAGGCUGGGUACCUUCUCCUAGAUGUAGCUUGAAGCCUUGUGAUUUUCCAGAAAUAAAGCAUGGAGCUUUAUAUUAUGAAGACAGAUAUAAACCAUAUUUUCCAGUACCUAUAGGAAAAUAUUAUGCCUAUCACUGUCAUCAAAAUUUUGUGACUCCUUCAGAGAGUUACUGGGAUUACAUUCAUUGCACACGAGAAGGAUGGUCACCAGCAGUACCAUGCCUGAGACAAUGUAUUUUCAAUUAUUUGGAAAAUGGAAAUUAUCCAUAUUCACAAAUAAAAUAUUUACAGGGUCAAUCUGUAAAGGUUGACUGCUAUUCUGGCUACAGUCUUCCAAACGGGCAGAGCUUAAUGACAUGUACAGAGAAUGACUGGUCCCCUCCUCCCAGAUGCAUCCGUGUCAAAACCUGUUCAAAAUCAGAGAUAAAAAUUGAGAAUGGAUUCAUUUCUGAAUAUGAAUUUACAUAUCCCUUAAAUAGACAAGCACAAUAUAAAUGUAAACCAGGAUAUGUAACAGCAGAUGGUGAAACAUCAGGAUCAGUUACAUGUCUGCAAAGUGGAUGGUCAUCCCAACCUACAUGCAUUAAAUCUUGUGAUACACCAGUAUUUGAGAAUUCCAGAGCCAGAAGUAAUGGCACAUGGUUUAAGCUUUAUGACAAGCUGGAAUUUGAAUGCCAUGAUGGAUAUGAAAGCAAAGGUGGGCACAAGACAGGUUCCAUAGUGUGUGGUGACAAUGGUUGGUAUGAAAAACCUACAUGUCAUGAAAGAGAAUGCAAGAUACCCAAAAUAGAAAAAUACUUAAUUGCUGAGCCCAAGAAAGAGAGAUAUAAAGUUGGAGAUGUGCUAAAAUUUUCCUGCAGACAAAGACUUACAAGAGUUGGAUCAAAUUCAAUUCAGUGCUACCACUUUGGAUGGUCCCCUAAUCUUCCAACAUGUAAAGGGCAAGUAAAAUCAUGUGUUCCCCCUCCUCAACUCUCCAAUGGGGAAGUUAAAGAAACACAGAAAGAAGAAUAUAGACAUGGUGAUGUGGUAGAAUAUGUUUGCAAUCCUAGAUUUCUGUUGAAAGGUUUUAAUAAAAUUCAAUGUGUUAAUGGAGAAUGGACAACCUUGCCUAUGUGUAUUGAGGACAAUAGUACCUGUGGAGAUAUACCUGGACUUGAUCAUGGGUAUGCUGAGCCACCCACCCCUCCCCAUCAUCAUGGAGAUUCCGUGGAGUUUAACUGCAGGGAAGGAUUUACGAUGAUUGGACACAGAUCAAUCACAUGUACCAGUGGGACAUGGACCCAGCUUCCUCAGUGCAUUGCAACAGAUGGACUUGAGAAGUGUAAAUCUUCAAAAUUAAUUGCACAUGAGGCAAACCUACCAGCUAAAACUGAAUUUGAGCAUAACUAUAAUAUAAGUUACAAAUGUAGGGGAAAAUCAGAAUACAAGUACUCAAUCUGCAUAAAUGGAAGAUGGGAUCCUGAACUAACCUGCACAGAAGUAGAAAAACAAUUAUGCCCACCUCCACCUCAGAUUCCCAAUGCUGAAGAUAUGACAACUACAGUGAAUUAUUGGGAUGGAGAAAAAAUAUCUGUUUUCUGUCAAGAAAAUUAUCUAAUUCAGGAAGCAGAAGAAAUCGUGUGCAAAAAUGGAAUAUGGCAGUCAAUCCCACGCUGUGUAGAAAAAAUCUCAUGCUCUCAACCACCUCCUGUAGAGCAUGGAACAAUUAAAUUAUCUAGCUCUUCAGAAAUAAGCAAAGAAACAUUUGAACCUAAGCUUUAUGCACAUGGCACCAAACUAAGUUACAUUUGUGAAGAUGGUUUCAGGAUCUCUGAAGAAGACGGAGUAACAUGCCACAUGGGAAAAUGGAGUUCCCCACCUCAGUGUGUAGGACUUCCUUGUGAACCACCACCUUUGAUUCCACACAGUGUUUUAUCUCACAAGUUAGACAAUUACCAAUACGGAGAAGAAGUUACAUACAACUGUGCUGAAGGUUUUGGGAUUGAUGGACCUGCAUCUAUAAAAUGUUUAGGAGAAAAAUGGUCCCAUCCACCAGAAUGCAAAAAAAUGGAUUGCUCUGGCUUACCAAGCUUUGAUAAUGCUAUACUCAUAGGCCCAAAGAAGGAAUCAUAUAAGUCAGGAGAACAAGUGGCUUAUAAAUGUCCAAUGUAUUACCAAUUGGAUGGGUCCAAUACUGUGCAGUGUAUUAAGAAGAAAUGGAUAGGAAGGCCAACAUGCAGAGAUGUUUCCUGUAUGAACCCACCCAGAGUGGAAAAUGCUGUUAUACAAAAUGAGUUGCAAAGGUAUCUAUCUGGUGACAGAGUACGGUAUGAAUGCACAAAACCUUUUGACCUGUUUGGGGAAGAAGAAGUGAUGUGCUUAAAUGGAACCUGGACACAACCACCUAUGUGCAAAGAUUCUAAAGGGAAAUGUGGACCCCCUCCACCUAUUGACAAUGGAGAUAUUACCUCAUUCCCAUUACCGGUGUAUGCUCCAGAAUCAACAGUGGAGUAUCAAUGCCAGUCCUUUUAUGAACUUCAGGGAAACAGGAAUAUAAUAUGUAGGAAUGGAGAAUGGUCAGAACCACCAAAAUGCUUAGAUGCAUGUAUAAUUUCAGAAGAAAUCAUGGAAAAACAUAACAUUCAAUUACGAUGGCUUUACCAGAAAAAAAUUUAUUCUAAAACAGAUGACACUGUUGAAUUUGUGUGUAAACAUGGAUAUCGUAUAAAGUCACCUCUUCAUACAUUUCGAGUAACUUGUCAGGAAGGGAAACUGAUAUAUCCCACUUGUGUAAAAAAAUGAUGGUUAAAUCACAGUCAUAUAUUUUGUACAUUUAUUCAAAUUUUUCAUUAUUGAUCCAAUUAUUGUUUAUUUUUUCAAGUACCACUUAACUCAUUUUUAUUCAUAAAUCAGAUUUGUUUUAAAUGUUAUGUGGAUGAUGUAAUUAUAAUCUGAAAGAUAAAUGAAUCACUCUUUGAAAGCACAUCAUUAAAAACUGGCAAACCAAAA